AUGAAAGCGCUCGAACAUGGACUUGACACGUCUCGGGGAUUGGUGAGACGAAUAUCUUGCAGUCGGGCUGUUGGCAGCAGUGGAGCUGACGAUAAAAACAACGGUUAUGAAAAUAGUUGUAAUGAAAAUAAAAAUUUAAAAAUUGAUAGCACAAACAUUAAUAAUAAUGAUAUUAAAAGAAGAGAAGAAAAAACAAUAAAUAAUAAAAAGAGAAAUGUGAAGCGUCAAGCUUUCAAUGGUGGUGAUAGAGAUACUGCUCUUAUAUCAAAUGACGGACAAUCAUUACCAUCAUUAACAAUACCUUCAGCAAUAAUUCCAAUGAUUUCACCAAUAAUUCCGAUGAUUUCACCAAUAAUUCCAAUAAUUUCAUCAAUAUUAUCACCUUUAUUGCCCCCGCCAGCCUCACCAACCCCACCCCCGUCAUUAUCAUCACAAUCCUUAUUGUCUCCUAUUUUAUCUUCAGGUUUAAUAAUUCCCUCCGCAACAAAUGCUCCUAGUUCUAUAUCCAUUUCGACCACUAUGCCUACUACUACCACUACUUCUUCGUCAACAGUUGAACUAACAACUCGUACCACAAUUUCACCUGCUGAGAACGGAUCACUUCCCACUUCUCUAGUGACAUCAUCUACCACAUUUACCGAAAAUAGUAGUGAAUCGGACGAUUCUGAUGGUAAAAGUAAACUGAAAGCGGGAAUAAUCAGUGGAAUAGUUCUUGGAAUUCUGGUCAUUCUACUUUUUGUCGCUUAUUUUGUAUAUCGAGCAAUCAGACGACGUAGAAAAGGUAAAGGGAUUGUGCGUUUGUCGCAAGAUCUCGAGACAACUUAUAUGCCAUCUAUGACGCAUGCGAUUCCAGCACAUCCUCGACAACAACGUCCUGAACUAGAAAAUAACUUGGAUUCACUGACAAAACCUCUUUCUUUGCUUGGUCUAUACAAAAACCCAAGUACAUCUUCAUUUAUUGAAGAUUUCAAUAAUACAGCAUAUGGAGCAAGCACGAGUGGAACAUUUAAUCGUGAUGCUGCUGUUGGUGGUAUAUCAAGUGGCAGUGGUAUAAAUAACAGUGGUGGGUUUUUGUAUGGUGAGACUGUUGCAAAUAUCGCAUCCCCUGCAAAUAAUUCUGGUUCUGGAUCGGGUCUUAGAAGAUCUUUUAGCGCACCUUCUUCACCCACAAGUGAAAAAGUUCAAACGGUCCAAGUAGGAAAUGUGCCAUCUUCUCUCCCUCAAAUUGAACAACAAUCUCCACUCGGAAAUCCAUUCCUAGAAAGUGUGAAUCCAUUCAGUGAUAAUUUGGAGGAAGAUGAAUUGGAAGAUGAAUUCCAAGAUACCUCGGAAGGACCUGAAGAUAUAGGUGACUUUCCAAAGCCUCCAGAAAGAAUUAACGAUGCGAGUAGACCUGUUUCUUUAUCUUCUAAAACCAACAAUGAUAAUGCAUGA